AUGAUGCAAAACCAGUCUGUGCGCUAUUAUAUAGUGGCCGUGACACACGAAGACUUCAAAACAUGUGCCCACUCUGGAUUUUGCAAAAGAAACCGCGAUCUGGCAGAUGAAGCUUUUGUGACCGGCAAAUCAUGGAGCUCGCCAUAUGCGUUGAUCCCGGACACCUUGACCUUCGACGGCGGAAUUUUGAGUGGGGUUGUGAGAAAAGGGGAUGUUUCUGAUGAACAUAUUCAAUUGCCGAUUGUGAUGAGCUUCUACGAUUCUGGAGCAGCGAGGGUGGUCAUCGACGAGGAAAAGCGUAUGCAAGGUCUCAUUGAGCUCCGACACGACAGCAAAGCGAAUGAAAAGCGAUAUGACGAGGCGUGGAAAAGCUUGCUAAACUUGGAACAUUGGAUACCAAAGGGAAGUGGCGAAGAUUCGAACGAGGAUGAGUCGACCUGGUGGGAGAAGACAUUUGCAAAGUUUACAGAUUCCAAGCCCCGUGGCCCAAAGAGUGCGAUGGAUAUCAAAUUCACGGGAUACAGCCACGUAUUUGGGAUUCCUGAACAUGCAGAUAAAAUUUCAUUGCGCGAAACCAGAGGAGACCCAGGGAACCACGAAGAAACAUAUCGCCUAUACAAUUCCGACGUUUUUGAAUACAAGCUUAAUAGCCCCAUGAGUCUCUAUGGAGCGAUCCCAUACAUGCAAGCGCAUCGAGUUGAUUCGACAGUAGGGGUCUUUUGGUUGAAUGCAGCCGAGACGUGGAUCGACAUCGUGAAGCAACAUGAUUCCAAUGACAAGCACACCUCUACUCAUUGGAUUUCCGAAUCAGGGCGCAUUGACCUCUUUAUAUUUUUGGGAGAUAAACCCAAAGAUAUCGGGCAAACAUACGGCAGAUUGAACGGUUACCCCCAACUGCCUCAGCAAUUUGCCAUUGGUUAUCAUCAAUGUCGGUGGAACUAUAUGAGUGAUGAGGAUGUCAUGACCGUAGGCGCGACAUUCGAUAAACAUCAAAUCCCGUACGAUACCAUUUGGCUUGAUAUUGAAUAUAUGGACGAGAGAAAGUAUUUUACAUGGGAUCCUCUAAGAUUUCCAAACCCCAAAGAUAUGCAAAAGCAGCUUAUGGAAUCAGAGAGGAAACUUGUUGUCUUGAUGGAUUCUCACAUUAAGAAGGAGAGCGGUUAUUUUGUCUCAGAUGAGCUAAGAAGCAAAGCCUUAGCUGUCCUAAACAAAGAUAAUAAGAUAUACGACGGGUCUUGCUGGCCAGGUCUAUCGAAUUGGAUUGAUGCAUUUAAUCCCGCAGCGGCGGCAUGGUUGAAUACCCUCCAUAAAUAUGACCGAUACGAAGGUUCCUGCUCAAAUCUUUUUAUUGAAAAUGAUAUGGGCGAACAACCUGUAUUUCACGGACCCGAACUUACAAUGCCUCGAGAUAAUAUCCACCACGGUAACUGGGAGCAUCGCGACGUUCACAACUUGAACGGCCUUACUAUUAUAAAUGCAACCUUCCAGGCACUGCUAGACCGUGAAGCAAACACCCGUCCAUUUAUACUCACACGAUCAUUCUACUCGGGCUCUCAACGCCUUACUGCAAUGUGGACGGGAGAUAAUCAAGCCAAAUGGGAGCAUCUAGCAAUCUCUUUACCAAUGAUUCUGACCAACGGAAUCGCAGGAUUCCCAUUUGCGGGUGCCGAUGUGGGUGGGUUUUUUGAUGAUCCAGAUGUCCACCUUCUGACUAGAUGGUAUCAAGCGGGUAUCUGGUAUCCUUUCUUCCGAGCUCAUGCGCACCUCGAUAGAAAACGCAGAGAGCCGUAUCUUAUCCAAGAGCCUGGCCCAGGCGGGAUGGCGUUCACUCAUUAG